AUGACUAAAACUGUUUUAGAAAAUAUUGUUCAGGACACUAUAACUUCUAAAUAUUUCUCAAUUAUCAUAGACUCUACACCUGAUAUAUCAAAAGUUGAUCAACUUACAGUAGCAAUAAGAUAUAUUCUACCAGACGGUUCACCUGUUGAACGUUUUUUGGGAUUUUUACCUUCGGUUGGUCAUAAGGCAAAAGAUAUGGAAUUGGCUAUACUUCACUUUUUUUCUGAACUUGGGAUUGACAUGAAAAACUGUAUAGGACCAAUUUAUGACAAUUCUCAAAAUAUGUCUGGAAUCUAUAAUGGAUUACAAUGCCGUAUAAAAAAAAGCUCUUCUACUGCUGAAUUUGUGCCUUGUUCGGCGCACUCACUGAAUUUAGUUGGUACAUUUGCAGCUGAAGAGACUAGUGUAGGUAAUCGGUUUUUUAUGAUCACUCAAGGUUUGUAUACUUUUUUUUCUGGUUCUACAUCACGUUGGAAGAUCUUAGAAAAUUAA